AUGGCGGCUGCUGCCUGCAGUCCUCAUACGACGUUGAGCAACUGCACUGCCAAACCACAUAGAGAGUAUCUGCGGAAAAAUAGAGAUUCGCGCAGAAGGCAAGCUGCUCUUUUAUUCCUAAAUAAUAUAUCCCUUGAUGGACGGCCGGUUCAGCACCUAAAUGUGGCAAGCCAGGAGGGCCAUUGCGAUACCGAAUUACAGGGUACCGACAUUGGCGCGACUGUGAAUGAACUGUCACCAGCGUCGAGCACCUACGGAACGUUCCCUAAUCUGUCAUCCUCAGCAAGCUGUGGUGCCGUCAGUCCAAUUCCAAGACUUGGAGUUCUCAAUGUCCCUCCUAUUCUGGUCCUUCCAUCGGAUUCAGCAAUUAAUGAUGUCGGGACCUCAGAGGUAUUUCUGGAAAAGGGUAGGGGAUCCUUCUCGUCGCAAGGCAAUCUUCUUUCCCCAUCUGGUCUUCAGCCGACUCCCCUCGAACCACGGAAGUCACCGACCCUGCUCUCUGUCCAGAGUUGCAACUCGAUGACUUUGGAUUCUCGGCAGAGGUCUCGUAAUCUGUCCGGUUCCCCUCGUCUGCGGCCACUGAAGAAGGUCCACUUCAUUAAGAACAUGAGACAGUACGACACCAGCGGCAGCAGGAUUGUGCUCAUCUGUGCCAAACGCUCCCUGUGUGCAGCAUUCUCAGUGUUACCUUACGGAGAGAGCUUCCUCAUCAGUGAUCCAAAGCUGGAGGGGGGUCCGAGACGUAGGCACUCCUCUGGAGCAAUAUCCAGCACACUGGAGAUGCUUCCGGGACUUGAGGGGGUGGAGCUAGGCGUCUAUGGGCGGUCUGUGUCGUACGCCCAGUUCCUGUACCCUACUAACGCCCUGGUGAAGCAGAAGCCCUCAUCUGUAGACAUCACACUACAAAUGCCGUACUCCAGGAACAGCAUCCCCAGGAGCUGCCCGCCCUCACGCCUCAACAGCACCGUCGGAUUGGACCUGGGUUUAGAUGACACUGAAUAUGAUCCUAAUUUACUUAGCGACCCCCAGUGGCCAUGUGGAAAACACAAAAGAGUGCUCAUCUUUGCCUCUUACAUGACGACGGUGAUUGAGUAUGUGAAACCGUCGGAUCUGAAGAAAGAUAUGAAUGAGACAUUUAGAGAGAAGUUUCCACAUAUCAAGCUGACACUAAGCAAGAUCAGGAGUCUGAAGAGAGAAAUUCGUUCUGUGGGGGAGGAGUGUAACUUGCAGCCUGUCACUAUAGCGAUGGCUUUUGUCUACUUUGAAAAACUGGUGCUGCAGGGACGCCUAAACAAGCAGAACAGGAAGCUGGUGACAGCAGCGUGCCUGUUACUCGCUGCCAAAAUCAGCAGUGACCUUAAGAAACAGGAGGUCAAACAACUGAUCGAUAAAUUAGAAGAGAGAUUCCGCAUCGGCCGCCGGGAGCUAAUCCAGUUUGAGUUCACCAUCCUGGUUGCCCUGGAGAUGGCACUGUAUCUACCGGAGAGCAAAGUCAUGCCCCACUACCGCAGCCUGGUCCAGCAGCCCUGACCUGGGUACUUGGCACAGCGGGCAGCAGCAGCAGCUCAGAACGUUGGCCAGUCAAGAGGAUCGGGGCAUUUGAAAGAAGGAAGUAGCCGAGUGCCAGCCACAUGGAUUUCAACAAGGUGUGAACAACAUAGAAAAUAUAGCCAAGAGCAAGCAAGAGACAUGUAUCACAGAAAUGUACAGAAAUUAAAAACACAACUGCUGAGAACCUCUUAAUGAGUGAAUUAGGGUUGAAGAGCCAACCAAGAACUUUUUAACAACACUGAUUAUUUGACAACAGUGCGUAUCAGAAAAGAUGCCAUUCUUAGCAAU